AUGAAUCUAUUCUAUGUCAAAGUGGGACAAAAAUCGUGGCAUCCCGCAUUUUUGCGUGAUGCGUGUACAUGCCCUCUCUGUGUGGACCCUUCCUCGAAACAGAAGAACUUCCAGACGACGGACAUUCCGAAGGAGAUUGAAGCAAAAUCGGUCAAGGAGAAAUCAAACGGAGACGUCACCAUCACGUGGACGAAAGACGUGCCUGGUUUCAAAUCGAGUCAUGUUACCACAAUUCCAGCGACGUUCUUUGCUACAUAUAACAGCCGAGCGAGCCUCGAAAAGGCUCGUUAUCUUUCCCCUGCUUUCACGUGGACCAAGCAAAAAAUCACGGAGAGGCUCCAGUUCAUUGACUUCCACGAGUAUAUGCAUGACGAAGCACGGCUUAGGCAUGCUUUGCGGUUUCUAACUGCGUUUGGCAUCCUCCUCGUUCGAGGUGUACCGGAUAAUGAGAAUGCGGUCGAAGAUCUCACAAGCCGCAUAGGGACCCUCCGAGAUACAUUCUAUGGUCGUACUUGGGAUGUCAAGUCGAUACCGGAUGCCAAGAAUGUAGCAUACACACAACAACAUCUCGGACUGCACAUGGACUUGCUCUACAUGCAAAAUCCGCCCGGGCUCCAGUUCUUGCAUUGCCUCAAAAAUACAGCCCCAGGAGGCAACUCGCUGUUUUCCGAUGCUCUCAGUGCAGCACACUCCUUACCUGAUCCAAUUUUCGAGACGCUCUCUUCCCAGAAUAUAGCGUUUGAGUAUCGAAACGAUGGGCAGCACUACUACCUCGAACGCCCUGUUCUUGAAGUUGGAAACCGCCAACAACGUACAGUGGAUUUUUAUAGGACCAAGUACUAUCGACCUGAAGUAUUGAACAUCAAUUGGUCACCACCCUUUCAGGCCACUUUACCUUUCCCGACCAAAAUUCAAGGACACCCACUGCCAAACGUAUUACGCGCACUUCGACAUUUCGCAAAAAAGGUCCAACACCCUGCAGCUAUCUACGAGUAUAGGCUAAACGAGGGAGAGUGCAUUAUCUUCAACAAUAGAAGAAUUUUGCAUGGAAGGACGGCCUUUGAUGCCACUCAGGGAGAGCGGUGGCUGAAAGGUGCUUAUGUUGAUAACGAUGUAUUCCAGAGUCGUCAUCGAGUUCUUUGUGAACAGGCCGAGAACGAAGUGGACUUUGAUAACAUCGAUUCGUAUACGUAUCAUGUUCAUCCUGAAGAAGCAAGAAUGGCGCAAGAGAAACAACAGGCGUACACACUGAAGAUGGAGGAAUCGGACGAUUGA